UCUGCCGCCAGCCUUAGGGUGUGCAAGCCGCGCAGCAAGGGGGCGCUGCAGCCUCUUGGGCUCCUGACGGGGACUGCUGUGAGCGAGGACUGUAUUAUUACCUUCUGUAGGAUCAGGGAGAGGUGGAAGCCAAGCAGAUGCUGGACACGAGCAGAUACCAUGGAGAUCAGGAUCUGAGAAGCCAUAAAUAAAGGUAAGAAGGAGGAACUCCCGACCGCUCAUGGCGACAGCGGCCCCCAGAGGACAAGCCCUGACCCUUGCCCUGUGUCUGCUGCUCAGGAACGUUUGCAGCCAGUUUGUGGUGGACGAUGUGUACGCUGUGGACGGAGUCGCCAAAGGCAGCGUGACGUUACCGUGCUCGCUCACCGCACCCAGCAACUGGAAGGACCACGAGCUGAAGAUUAUCUGGUUCAAAAACUUGACAGAAAAAUUAUGGGAUUGUGUGGUGAAAAGAGAGAAGUCGCCCGAUUGUCGCUCGUCCCCGAACUCUUCCCGGUCUCGGAUCUCAUGGGGGGUCUUUGGAAACGCUGAUUUAGAGAUCUCUGCGCUACAGGAAUCGGACGCUGGGCCGUAUCAGUGCUGGAUCCUCCUGUCAGACGCCUACCGCCGCAGAGACCUGCUCCUCAGGGUCCAUGGUAACCACAAUCCUUCACCAUUGCUAGAUCUGUUUCUGGAAAAGCUGGGUGACCAGAGGGUGGGAUAAAGCAGGAGUCCCUACUGAUGGUCCAGGACCGGACACAAGAGGUCAGUUCUUAGGACUGGUGCUGGAUGCAUCUUCACGGAGGUUCCUCCUGCUGAGCGGCUGGCCUGUGGCUGCAUUCCUCAUUCUGCUGCUUCUGACUCAAAGAUUACGUAUCAGUAGGAGAAUGAGAAAAUGUAAUCUCCCUAACUUAAUAUAACUUGAUGGACGAGGUGUGAUGUUGAGAGGUGGAUCCAGAGAAGGCCCACGGACGAGAUGAAAAGAUUCAGGACGUGGAACAGGGGUCAAGGUCAAAGACGUUUCUUAUCUUAAGGAAACACUGGAGUUCUGUGCAUUGCGCUGAAGGGUGAGGGGUAGCGGAGAGAUGGGUUCUAGAGGCUACUUUCACACUAGCGUUUUUGCUGGAUCCGGCAGGGUUCAGCAAAAACGCUUCCAUUACUGAUAAUACAACCGUCUGCAUCCGUUAUGAACGGAUCCGGUUGUAUUAUCUUUAAC